AUGGACACGCGCUCGCGCACGAAAGGUCUUGGAAAGACCACCCCCCUGGAGGCGCCGCAGACUCCAGCUACACAGAAUCGGGAUGAUGCACUCCCGCGUCCACGAUCCACGUCACCCGAAGAGUCUACUCACGAUGAGGACCAGUACACUCCAGUCCGACAGGCCAGAGAUGAGCCGCUUCCGUCUCUGCGCUCGACUCCGGCGAUUUCCCCCGCUCCCCAACAGUCGCAGACCCGACUGUACCUGCGUAACCAGGAUGGGAAGAUGAUGAUCAUCAAGGAUGGGGAAACCUUGCUCAAGUGGGUCCAGACCGAACCUACGAAGGCUUUAGAAUAUUUCGCGGAGUCGCAAGAGAGUCGCGACUAUCUCCGUGAAAAGAACCGGAAAUCCGUGGAAAGAAUACAGGAAUUGGAGGAGUACGUGGAGGAACUCGAAAAGGCACCGCCUUCGGAGGAGACAGAGCGGGUCUACCACGAGAACAAUACAUUGAGAAAGGAGGUGGAUUUUCUGCGAAGUCGCCUAUACGAUGCUCGGCACGCCCCAACUAACACUCCUGACACGCACACUUCCUCAUCGGCGGGGAUUCAGCGUAGUGCGAAACUGCCUAACGCCCCGAUCAUGGACGACGGCGAAUCUGUGAAGUUCGUUCCAUGGCGACGCGAGAUCGAAAAUAAGCUCCUGCUUAACGCCGAUCACUACCCGACCGAAAAGCAUCGUAUGGCUUACGUUGCUAACCGCUGCGCUGGAAAGGCCCAGGCCCAGUUGCAGCCCCGACUCGAACCCGACGCGAAGGACCAGUACCGAACAGCCGAAGAAAUGCUUGACCAUUUACAGCUCGUUUUUAGGGACCCGCAACAACGUCGCAUCGCCCUGCGGGAGUACGGUGAGCUGAAAAUGAAGGCUAAUGAGAAUUUCAACAUGUUCUACGCGGAGUUCUCUCGCCUAGCCCUGGAAUCGAAACGGGACGAGGAGUUGCAGAAAGAUGAUUUAUUCGAAAAAAUUCCCUACCGACUGCAGAUGCUGGUGGCCGGAGAUGUCUACAAGGAAGAGGUAUCGAUGCAGGAUUUCGUGGAUGCCUGCCGACGUGGCGCCAUCACUAUUACCCGUUUACAGCCUCCACCUUCGAAUCGCUACAAAAAGUCAGAAUCAGGGGGUUCCCACCAGACAAGUAGCAAGGACUCCACUACCUCGAACGCACGUGCCAGCACCUCGAGCUCACGAACCAUGGCCGCGAAUCGGGGAAGAACGAAUACAACUUAUGAGGAACGGCAGGCCUUACUGAAGGAGGGGAAGUGUUUUAAUUGCAGAGAAGAAGGCCACCUCAGUCGCGACUGUCCGAAGAGGGGAAAAGAGGAUAAGAACAAAGGAAAGGAAGCGAAGACGGCUGCUGUCUCGAGCAGGGGUCAGCAUAAGUCAACCGAACAACGCAUCAAGGAUGCGGAAACUGACUCUGCAUCGGAUUCGGGAAAAGACUAA